AUGGCCAGUUCUUUGUCAUUUGCCCAAUGGGGACUUGACCUCAUUGGACCUAUGCCCGAUGGUAAGGGCCAGAUCAAGUAUGCAAUUGUAGCUGUGGACUACUUCACCAAGUGGGCUGAAGUUGAAGCCUUAGUUACCAUCACCACAACUCGCAUCGAAACGUUCGUCUGGCAGAAUAUCAUACAUCGCUUCGGCAUCCCCCACACCAUUGUCACAGACAACGGCCAGCAAUUUGACAAUGCCAAAUUUAAGUAA